UGUGAGACUAACUUAAUUGUGUUCUUCGAGAUCGCACACGGCUUACGUAUAUAACCGAUGCGCGGUCGAUGCUUCCCCUCAAACGCCGUCUAAGAGUUCGAGUAAGAACUGGAACGAGUGCCACAAUCAGGACAUUCACGACAGGAAGAAAGGAAGUGCCGCUGUACGAUGAGAUUAAUAUUGACGUUCUUUUUAUUGGCUAUCUCGCUGAGUUUGAGCAGCGCGCGAACUCGACAGCGCAUAAACGUUAUAUUAAAUUCCACCGUUCGACCACUCGAUCAACCAGAUUACACGCAAUCGCGCAAAUCACCGGAUGACGAGAGAUACGUCGAGCGGGUAGAAAUCCACAAUCAAAUUGGUUUGGACGGUAAAGUGCGAAGGAUCCAUUCGGACGAGGAGAAUAAGCCGGGCAUUCGCGCGUAUGGUCUACCGAAAAAACACCCACAAGAUUACGGUGUUAUCGAAAGACUGCAUUUUGGAGAGGAUCACAUUGAUGACACCUUGAAAAGUGGUCGAUUGGUGGAAGCAUAUGGAAUUCCGAAAAAUAAGGUGGAGACCAAUGGAUUUAUAGAUAGACUGCCAUUGUCAAGUACAGAUCGUGAGUCUGCUAAGUUGGAAUCAGAAAAUGGAAAUGUUAGAAUAAGGAGAUUUGUUCGAACGGGAUCCGGGAACAAGGUCGAAGAGAAGGUUGCUAAUGAGGUGGAAGAUAUGGAGGCACAAGAUACCAAGGUUUUCAGACCGCUCUUCGUCUACAGACAACAAGUAGCUACCAGAGAAAGACGAAAGCAUGCGAGGAACGUAGCACAUAGGAAUCACUGGCAUGCGACGUAUCAACCUUGCUAUCACCGUCAAGGAACCCAUUGAUUUUAUUGAGAAGAACGUGAAUAUUGACAUAUAGAUUCUUCAGUCCGCAGAAGCUAAGCUAAUUAGAUUUAGGCUAAUAGCAAGUUCUUAUUUCUUGAACAACAAAUAAAAAAAUCUCAUUCUUUUAGAUUUAGAUUUUCUCAAAGUAUUUGUAUAAAUAUUUUAGACGUUUAAUAUUUUAAAGUAUCUAAAAUUUUAUCUUUACAAAAAAUUUGUAAUUUGAGUAAAUCCAUGAACUGUUUAAAAUAUCUAGAUCUCGAAUUUUGUAUAUUGAAUCUUUGUAUUAUUGAUUAUGCUUAAAUAAUUGCACUUAAAAGUUUUGUAACGCUAUUGAAUAAAGCAAAUUUACAAGAGAAA